AUGACCUCCAGCGGAGUCAACACCUGGAACAAAGAAGCGGUUUCACUGGGAGGGGAAGAGUGCAUGUCGUCGAAGCUCAUGCAGAUCAUGCUGCAUUAUGAACCUAUAGAUGGACCGAUGAGCAUCGCUGACCAUGAUGCCCACAGGUGGGUUCACAAUCUGCACAUGGAGACCGUGAGCAGCAGCAGGUCUCCCUUGGCCCUCUGUGCAGUUUGCAACAAAGAGUUGCCGAAGUAUCGCUGCCCAGCCUGCGACAUCCGGAGCUGCUCAGCCGACUGUGUCAAGGAGCACAAGGUGCAGACCGGCUGCACAGGGAAACGAGCUCGCACUAAGCACGUGGCGCCACUCAACUCCUUCACGGACGAUGUCCUCCUUCGGGACUUCGGGCUUUUGGAGGAGGUGGAUGCAGCAGUCGAUCGGGCCAAUCGGGACCUCAGGAUCCGCGACGAGGACUUACGACUCUACCAGCCCAAGCGACACAAAAUGCGAAUCGAGCUGGCCAGGGCGUGCGCUGUGCCGGAGAGGCAGAUGAGGUUAAUCCUGGCUCCCUUCGCCAUGUCCCUCGCUCGGGAGAACACAUCGCGCGUCGUAGACCCCAGCGGCAAGGGCAAGCGGAAAGGCAAAGGCAAGGGGAAAGGAAAGAAAGGCUCCAAAAGCACGGCCUCCGAGUCGAAGCCGGUCUACAUCUCUUGGCGAGUUGACUGGCAUUUUGGCACUUGUGGGCAAGUGCUUACGGACCGAAGCACAGCAGAGCACGAGGUGGUAGGCCAAGUGCUUGAGCGGUUCCUCAAGAACUCCUGGUCACGGGGGCCUACCCGGCAUCUUCUCCUUCCGUAUGCCGAGCAAGGCCUGGAUGAGCUACAGGUCUUCCUGCAGCAGCCCCUUCGCGCCAGAGCUGAGCGCAAUAGCUGGAAAUCGAGACGCGAGAUGUUGCUCGAGGAGGCGGAGGAGGAGAUGCAAAGUGAAGAAGAUCCGCCCGCGAAGAGGCAGAAUCCGGAGUCGAGCCCCCGUUUCCCUCCUCCGCCUCCUCCGCCACCUCCGCCUCCGAAGCCCGGACUUCCGAGCGAGGAGUCGGAGAGCGAGGAGUCGGAGAGCGAGGCAGCCAGCGAGUCCAAGGCGGAAGACUCUGAGGCAGAGGGCCACUUCGAGCCCUUUGCCAGGCUCGACUUGUCGCGCACGCUGAGGGAGAACCUGAUGGACAAAGCAAUCGUUGAAUAUCCGGUUCUUCACGUGGCUCUUCCUCAGGAGGUCCAGCGCUUUCUGGCACAGUGCUCCCCCGGCGAGAGCACAGAGCCAGGCUUCGACGCCCGACACAGGCUUCCGGAUGUUCCUCGCGCACCGCCUUCCCCGGCAGCGGAUGCAGGAGACCCCUCCGCCCAAACGGCGCGGGCCGAACCCAGGUCCGCCGGCGGAACCAAGCUGCGGCCUCAUCCCGUCAUUCAGGUAGCUUCCGUGACAGAUGAGGACCUGCAGAAGGCUUUGGAAGCACGACCCACGCCCGCCGUGCGAGACUCAGUUUCCGAUGCAGAUGCCGUGCAGGCCGGUCAAGAGCCGGGUCAGGAUGCAGAAGAGCUGAUCGUGAUCCUGGAUGUUUUCUCUGGGGCCCAAACCCUUCAGGAGUUGCCAAACGAUGCCAAAAGUUUUGCGACAGACAAUCGUGCGGGGAUUUCGUCCAAAACGACAACUAUUCUGUUCUACACGUGUGAGCGGGUGCCGAGGGAGGGACAGGAGGCAGCCAGAGGGGAGAUCGAGGCUUCUUCUGUCGGCUCGGCGCCCAGCAAGGCAUCCUCGGGGCGCCCUGAGGUGAAAGGCAGCAAGAACCCACCGAAGCGGAUGGAUUCACAGCGAGUAGAGCGAGCAGGCAGCAAGAACUCCACAGACGGCGAGAACAGCUGGAUGACUCGCAUUGAUGGAUCUGGCGGGUGCCUCGCAGCAUCGGUUCCGGUAAGUUCGCCGGGCACUGCCGUGAUCUUCCGACUGGCAUACAAACAGCCGGAUUGGGUGAAGUGGGGCCUUGCUGUGCGGAAGGAUCCCGGCACCUGGCUGGGGCAAGCGACGCUGCCACUUCUCCUAAACCUGGAGCCUCCCAGGCUGCGUUGUUUUGCGAGGAGUCGCUGCCAGGAGGUAGCCCUGGAGUGGGCGCUUCCUGAGAGCUUGGGCCAGCUGAAGCUGAAAGGCGAAGACCGGCUUUGGUCUUGGCAGUAUCGUUGGCGCCUCGGGGAGUCGAAGGAGUGGACUUUGGGACCCGAAAUGGCUGCCAGGGAGAGGGAGACUUUUCAGGGCAGCGUUCGUCGGAGCUUCGAGUCCCGUCCGCUCCGAGGGCCCUGGGACCCGUGGGACAUGAGCCUCUCGGGCCUUUCGGGCCGCUUGGAGAUAUCUGUGAGGUAUUCCUACCGAGAGGGCUUGGCAUCGGAGUGGAGUGACUGGGGCAGUGGUGCUGUCACCUUGGGCUUGCCUACACCCAUUGCCAGUGAGGGACUAGAGGUGGAAGUGAAUGACUACGACCCUUGCGAAGCGACAGUUCGCUGGAAAGCUUUCGAGAUUCCGGGAUUCCUCAGCAGUGAGGUGGAUUACCGUAUCCUUCUCAGAUCUUGGCCGGAAUCAUCGUGCAAGGGGGGAAGCCGAUGCACAAAGUGGGUCCCUCUGGAGACCGACGACGAUGCCAACCGCAACCGAGUUUGCCGCCUGACGCAUCUCCAGCAACUGGUCUUCAACUGCCAAAAAAAAGAGUUCAUGUUGCUAGCUCCUCCCGACAGCACCUGCAACCCAGCCCCUGUGAGGCCCUGCUGCGACUAUGAAAUUCGUGUGGAGGGCCGCCACCGCGCGGUUUUGGGUGAUGGGGCAAAUGGGAGUUGGUGCCAUCUCCAGCGAUCUUUCUCUCUGCCGCGGAGUCGCAGUCAGAAGGUGACGAAAGAUGGAUUUGGUCGGCAUCCUUCCUGGACUGCACCCUGCUUCACCAGAGAACAGCACGAGAACAUGGAGCAGGUAACCUGCUUGAAGCCCCCGGCACUCGCUUUUGCCGGGGCUGCCGAAGCCUCUGAAGAGCCCCAGUGCGCUUUGCAGUGGGCCUCAGCUGACUGUGCUACGCAGGAAUGCUACCUUCACAUGCCGAUACGGUUGGGGCCUGGCCCCUGUUACCUGCGCUGGGCCGCGGCAGAACCCGGCGAGAUGCUUCCGCUGCAAGCGCCCACUGAGGCACCGCCCUUGAUGGCCGAUGUCUUCUUCCGCCACGGUGCACCAGCACUCCAGCUGCGCUUUCGAUCCGCCUGCCGCGAGGCCCUGUCUCGCUUCCAGGUGUGCUUCCAGGAGGACAAUGAGGAGCGGAUGACAUUGCCGGCACGUUCUAUGGAUCACCCCUUCAUUCGCAGGGACGAGGAGAUCAAAGUGUUGUUGGGCCCGGCCAUCUUGGCUCCAGGCCGCUACCGCGUCCGCCUCCGCGCAGCCCCGGCCCUUUCCCCGGCGCCGGUGUGGUCGCCCUGGACCGAGGCUGUGGAUGCUCUCCUGGAGCGGCCGCCACCGCGGCCGAGGGUUGGCGACGAGCUGCGCGUGCGAGAGGGCGGUGCUGCUGUGGAAGCUCGCCCAUGCUUCGGGGAGAUGAUCGCUGCAUUGAGCACUUGCAGCGUGCAGCUAUCUUGGGACAGCUUCACAUCGCCGAGUCUGACGGGCUACCAAGUGGCAGUGUCCUUUGAGUCACCUCGACCCGCAGAUGAUGAGGUCUUCACGCCAGCACCGGCAGGAACCCUUGCCCUGCGGUGCGCCGCGUUGCUGCGGCGCCUGGCGCCGGAGACGGAGCCGCCUUUGCUGAAGUUACUCCUUUGGUCAGUGACAGGACCCUGCAGGAAUGCCAUCCUGGCACCGCUGAUGGCACCAGCCCUGGCGAAAGAUCCUCAGUGUCUGGGCUCAGCUCUCGAGACGCUCACGCUGUCACUGGACCCCCGAGCGGAGGGAACGGAGGGAACACCGGCUGACGUGAAGGUGCUUUGGAAUCUGGGCGGGAAUGCCGAAGCAAAGUGCCAGCAAGUCCAGCUGCGUCUAUGCUUAGAGGACUCUGUGGCUAAGAACUUGCUCCCGCAGAGCCUUUGGUUCUCACACGUCUCGGAGCCCAUCACCACGAGCUUCGAAGCGCCGCUGCCUCCAAGGCUGAUGCUGGCGUAUCCGUGCAGCCAGCUCGUGGUGCAGGUGGAGGCGUCUCUUGGGUGCCCGAAAAGGAGCCCUGGAGACCGUGACGCUUGGGGUCAAGUGCAGCGGUGUCAAGUGAAAUUUCGAGGACAGCUUCGCGAAGGGAUCCGAAUAGAAGACUGCCCGGCAAAGCCGCAGAGCCUAACGGAAGGACAUGUAUCGGCGGGAAAGGCUUGCUUGUCCAUCCCCAUAUCCGAGUUUCCUUCUGAUGGCCUCGAAUAUUCGGCUGCAGUUCGGGUGGGUGAUAUGAGCCUUUGGUCAUGCUGGAGCGACUUCGGCGAUGUUCUAUGUAUGAUGCAGCCUGCUGUCUGGUCCUCCGACGGUGAGCUUGGGGUAUCGGCACCAAGAAAUCACAAGGUGACUCUGACCUGGAGUCCUCUCUGUUGUGGUCUCGGUGCUGUCCCCAUUGACUGUGCAGUGACGAUCGUCAAGGUUGAUGCCGUGAACGAGGAGGUCCUGCUGGGAAGAUGCAGCAGGACCGCGCGGCACCAUGCGAGCGGCCAGAACGCCCCCAGUGACGGUGACCAGGAUCACUUGGAGGUAGCUGCUCAUGGAUUCCAGCCGACGGUCGUCUACCAAUUCCUCCUCUACGCGAAGGCCCUGCUGCCACGGCUUCAGAGCCCUCAAGAUUCGUGGUCUUUGCCAGUCGCGCGGUCUAAGCCGCUCCAGUGGCCAACUGUCUCGGAAGAAUGGUGCUGCCUUGUUGACUGGGCCCUCCCACGGCCACAGCAGAUGCUUCUGCCAGAUGGGGCCCUCGAGGAGUCCAACCCGCGAUGGAAGCGAUCGGUGCUUCUCUCUUGGCCAUCCAUGGAGCAGCUGAGCUUGGAAGUCCGAGAGGAGAACCCACUCGUUCAUCAGGUCCUCGGCUGGAAGAAGGCGGCAUGGGUUCGUACUCGGUUCAACGACACGGAUUAUGUCGCAGUUUUCGACUUGCCUUUUGACCUCGGUAACCUCGUCCGCUUUCGCUGGAUGGACAGAGCAUGCGGAUCAGUCGGGCCAAGCAGUGAUGUUUGCAUUGCCCAUCUUCCUCCGCCAAAGCUGUCGGUAGAGGUCGUCGAUCGUACUGGGUCUUUGCAGGUGCGUCUGACUGCAGACACGGAUGCCCCGAUGGCACCAGCAGCCAUAUUCUUGCAAGUACGCUUCCGUACCACAAGUGGGCGACCCACACCAUCAACAUGGUCACCGGGCAUCCUCUUUCCCCUACCUACGCAGCGCAAGUUUACGGUGGACAUUUCUGAGACGCAUGGGCUGGUGUCAGGGAAGAUCUAUGUCUUUUCGGCACAGCUGCUUUCAACCGCACGGCGGUCUCAAUGGUCAGCCGAGACGGUUCCUCUGAGCUUGAAGCUACCGGCAAUCACAGUGCCCGGUGGAGAGCUCACAGUGCAUGCCAAAAGCAUCACAUCAGUGACCUGUUCUUGGCCAAAGCUGUCUCCGACUUGUGGUGCUUUUGAAAUCGAAUUCAAGCUGGAUGUCUUCAAACAGCUGCUGGAAGGCCUGCAGCAUCAAACUUCGGUGUUGGUGGACUGCGAAGAUGGAAAGUCACUUUGUGAGGCUACCGUGUUCAACCUGCAAGCAUCCACGGAGUACGUGGCACAGCUCUCCCUGCGUCUCACCCGCAGGGGCUCACGCAGGUGGCAAAGCACUGGCCUCUCCACCAGCUUCAUCACGCCGGACCCAUCGUAA